CGAGGUAACAUCGAUAAAUUCAUCGCACUAUCGCCAUGAAUUUGAUUAAUAUGGACUCAGAAAAUCGAGUGGUGCUCAAUGUCGGUGGCAUUCGUCAUGAAACAUAUAAAGCGACACUUAAGAAGAUUCCUGCCACUCGACUGUCGCGUCUCACCGAAGCACUCGCUAAUUACGAUCCUAUUUUGAACGAGUACUUCUUCGAUCGUCAUCCUGGCGUUUUUGCACAAGUGCUCAAUUAUUACAGGACUGGUAAGCUUCAUUACCCAACAGAUGUCUGUGGACCGUUAUUCGAGGAGGAAUUAGCAUUUUGGGGCCUCGACUCAAAUCAAGUAGAGCCUUGCUGUUGGAUGACUUACACACAGGAUAUGCGAGUUCCGGUAAUUGCAAAUGUCACAGUUAAGACAUCAAACAGAACAACAGGCUGGUAUAUCGAUAAAAAUGAAACAAAUGCACAUUUGUUCUUUUUCUACAUUGAAUGUGUCUGCAAUGCAUGGUUUACAUUUGAAAUACUGAUUCGAUUUAUAUCAUCACCUAGCAAGCUGAGGUUCAUUAUAUCGUCUGUGAAUAUAAUUGAUUACAUUGCAACAUUAAGUUUCUUUUGCGACUUGAUGUUACAAAAGGUGAUACCAAACAUGGAGAACGCUGACAUUCUCGAGUUCUUCUCAAUCAUACGUAUCAUGCGAUUGUUUAAGCUUACUCGUCAUUCGUCGGGGUUAAAAAUUCUUAUACAAACGUUUCGAGCAUCGGCAAAAGAAUUGACAUUGCUUGUGUUCUUCUUAGUGUUAGGUAUCGUCAUAUUCGCGAGUCUCGUCUAUUAUGCGGAGAGAAUUCAGAUAAAUCCAAACAAUGAUUUCCAAAGUAUACCACUAGGGCUGUGGUGGGCGUUGGUGACGAUGACAACAGUCGGAUACGGUGAUAUGACGCCUAAGACAUACAUCGGAAUGUUUGUCGGUGCAUUGUGUGCAUUAGCAGGUGUAUUGACGAUUGCAUUACCCGUGCCCGUCAUUGUUAGCAACUUCACAAUGUAUUAUUCGCAUACACAAGCUCGAGCGAAACUCCCGAAGAAGAGACGGAGAGUGCUACCUGUAGAACCAGCGAGGCCUGCACGUGUGCCUGGUCAAAUCGGAGGUGUCCCAGGAGUGGGAGGUAACACUGGUUCGGGGAAGCUUCUUGGUUCAAAUGCUCCAAGCACCAACAGCAUGGAAGCAAACAUCAGACGAAUGAACGCCGCAAAUGCCAAAAACAACAUGAGCGGGGGACCCAAAACGAUGGGUACGUUUUAUAUCGAAUAA